GUCUUCUUUUCUUGGUGCAACUGAUGACCUUCUGGCUCUCAUUAUUGUUCUCGUCACUCAUUCUAUUGUUCCUAAAGCGAACCGUCGGCGAUGCAUAGAAUCCGUAGCUAUGCUCGCACGGUAUGUUUACCUCCCGUAAUACGAUGCGGCAAUGCUGCAAUCAGGAGGAGCGCCGUCAAUCCUUUGAGGCGUCGUCCAUACAGUUCCUACAUCUCCGCUGCGGACCUUCAGUUUGGCCAGCCAUUGCAUGAGACCCAUCCUCAUCUUCUCCAACUGGGUGAACUCACCCCCGGCAUUUCCGCCCUCGAAUAUGCCCAACGUCGAGCGAAGCUUGCGGCUAUCCUCCCAAAGGGCGCCGUCGCCAUCAUUCCCUCUGCCGACGUAAAAUACCGUUCGGGGGCCGUCUUCUACGAAUUCCACCAAGAUCCCGACUUUUACUAUCUCACCGGGUUCAACGAGCCGGAGUCGCUGGCAAUCAUAGAAAAGACCGGAGACGGCGCGGAACAUAACUUCCAUCUCUAUGUGAGGCCGAAGGACCCCCGAUCCGAGUUGUGGGAAGGGGCGCGGUCGGGGAUCGAAGCGGCGCAGGAUGUGUUCAAUGCGGACGAGAGCGGCGACAUCGAUGGGGUGGGCAAGUUCCUUCCUGCCAUGAUCAAGUCGGCGACAUGCGUCUAUACGGACUUACCGAAGUCCAUUGAGCCACGCACCCGAUUCUCGAAGUAUCUGAGCGGUUGGAAACGAAAUCACGGUGCGGUAUUUGAUGGAGCGUUAUCUCAAAAUGCCUCGGGCGUUAGCCCAUUACGACCGCACCUGAGCAAGCUGAGAGUAUUUAAGAGUGAGGCGGAGAUUGAACUGAUGAGAAAAGUUGGAAAGCAAUCGGGGCGUGCCAUCACCGAAGCGAUGAGGCAGUCGUUCAGUGGCGAGAAAUCCCUUUGGUCGUUUUUGGAGUAUCAAUUCCAAUCGAAUGGUCUGGAUGGGGCUGCUUAUGUUCCUGUUGUUGCCGGCGGCCAGAAUGGGUUGAGUAUACAUUAUGUUCGGAACGAUGAUGUUUUUAGCGGUGAUGAACUUGUCCUCGUUGACGCUGGCGGUAAAUACGGGAACUACAUUACAGAUAUCACCCGCACCUGGCCGGUGAAUGGGAAGUUCUCUGCAGCACAACGCGAUCUGUACGAAGUGGUUCUUCGAACACAGCGGACAUGCGUGUCCCUAUGCCGUGCAAACGCAGAAUUGUCAUUGGAUAGACUACAUCGCAUCGCGGAGGAGUCGCUCAUGGAUGGUCUCCAGCAAUUAGGCUUCAAUCUCAAGGGCAACGCCAAGGAAACCCUGUUUCCGCACCACCUUGGCCAUUACAUUGGGCUGGACGUUCAUGACUCUCCCGGAUACCUACGAAACGCUCCGCUCCAACCAUCACAAUGUGUAACCAUCGAACCGGGGAUAUAUGUCCCCGACGACGAGCGAUGGCCGGAGGCAUUCCGGGGAAUAGGCAUCCGGAUCGAGGACAGCAUUUGUGUGCAGGAAGAGCAUCCGUAUGUAUUGACAACGGAAGCCGUGAAGGAGGUGGUCGAUAUCGAGGCGUUGAGAUGAUGGAAAUGGGGGGUUAUGGCGGACUGCCGUCGGCUGGGUUGUACUUGGAUCUAAUCUUGCAUACUACAGGAGGGAGUCACCGCAUGAUGUUGAGCAUAUGUACAAUAUUGUAGCCAAUUCAUCCCUGAGAAUGAUAAUGCGAUCAAACAUGGUCAU